AUGGAAGAGGAAGGUGGGCCCCCAGCCCGGGCUGAGGCCCAAGUGUUAAGUGCCACGCUGACAUGGCGGCAGCAGCCCCCUGCCCAGAAAGAGAUCAGACACCGUUUUCACAAGGUGUCCCUGGUGUCAGGGGCCCAGAUGGAAGCUCCCCGGGAGGAGAUGUUUGAGUACAGCCACCAUCACAGCGAAGUCAAUGGCUUUGCUACACGGGAAGAAGAGACUGGGAGUUACCAGGGCCCUCGGGAUGGAGUUGGCUCCAAGAACUUCCAGAGCCAUGGGCCCAUCUUUUCCAAGAAGUACAUACCACCUGCCAAGGAGAAAAGGCCAGUGAGGAGGCUGAAGGAGGCCAUGGACCAGGGUGAUGGCAGCCCCCAACCUCCCAGGACCGAGCCCCUGGGCUUGGGAGCUAUGGCCAGGACUGAGUUCUUAGUGCCUCUGUCUGGGCCCCGCGAGCCAAGCCCCCACCCAGGUGUGGGUCUCACCAGUGGGAGCUCCCGGAGCCUUGAGGAACGGCGGGUGACACGCACGGUGCGGACCACCGUGGUGGUGGGAGGGAACGUGGACAAGCGGGUGAGCAGCUCUGUGACUGUGGGACCAUCAGUUCCAGGUGAGGGAUUGCCAAGGGGCCGCAACGUUGCCCGCACGGUGCGGGCAGUGGUGGUGAGCCCCCGGGCUGAGGGCUCGUCCAGCCGCAGCCAGGCCCUGGAAUUGCUAACCAGCCUUGUGCCUGCUGAGCACAACCCACCUGCCAGCCACCCGCCUAGGCCUGUGGCUGUUGCGCCAAGGACCCCGGGUGUGGGCAGCACAGUGGGGGUAGCCCUGAGGCAGCCAUCGGAGACAAAGACAGAAGAGUUAAAGGACGCCUCUGCCCUGGCCCCUACAGGUAUCCCAGCAGAUGGUCACCCACCUCAGAACCAGGACGUCCCUAUAGCUCACCCAGACCAAAACCAGGGCAAAGCCCUGGAUGCCAGGGCCUAUGAGCACCUGAGGGUGCAGAGAGCCUCCAGCCCCACUCAGCUCCCUCUCCUGGCUUGUCAGGGCCAAGCACCAGACCCCUCCUCUCUCAGACUCCAGACCCACGUCCCUUCCAUGGACCCAGCCCACCCCCCAGAGCAGCCUGUGGUGCCCCCUCACCCCAGGGCCCAGCUCACUCCCCAUGUCCUGCCGCCUGUAGAAAGGAAGGGCUCACAGACCCCCCUGCUGCCACUGUCCUGCCCAUGGUGA